AUGGUGGCCGCUCGCCUCCGCAUCGCGCUGCUACUACUCUCCGUGUGCCUCUGCUCCGCGUGGGCGCGCCCACGCCUCGAGCCGACCAUCCGCCUGCCGUCGGAGCGCGCGGCGGCGGCGGCGGCGGCGGCCGACGACGAAACGGACGACGCCGUCGGGACCCGCUGGGCCGUGCUCGUCGCCGGCUCCAGCGGCUACUACAACUACCGCCACCAGGCGGACAUCUGCCAUGCGUACCAGAUCAUGAAGAAGGGAGGACUCAAGGACGAGAACAUCAUUGUCUUCAUGUACAAUGACAUUGCGCAUAGCACGGAGAAUCCGAGGCCCGGUGUCAUCAUCAACCAUCCCCAGGGUGGCGAUGUCUAUGCUGGGGUUCCAAAGGAUUACACUGGGCGAGAGGUCAGCGUCAACAAUUUCUUCGCUGUUCUGCUUGGCAACAAAACUGCUCUGACAGGUGGGAGCGGCAAGGUUGUGGACAGUGGCCCCAAUGAUCAUAUCUUUGUUUUCUACAGUGACCAUGGAGGUCCUGGUGUCCUUGGAAUGCCUACGUAUCCAUAUCUCUACGGUGAUGACCUCGUAGAUGUCCUGAAGAAGAAGCAUGCUGCUGGGACCUACAAAAGCCUGGUCUUUUACCUUGAAGCAUGCGAAUCUGGGAGCAUCUUUGAGGGCCUCCUGCCGGAUGACAUCAAUGUGUAUGCGACCACCGCGUCAAAUGCAGAGGAGAGCAGCUGGGGGACGUACUGUCCUGGCGAGUUCCCGAGCCCUCCGCCGGAGUAUGACACUUGCUUGGGAGACCUAUAUAGUGUUUCUUGGAUGGAAGACAGUGAUUUCCACAAUCUGCGAACUGAAUCUCUCAAGCAGCAGUACAAGUUGGUCAAGGAUAGGACAGCGGGUCAGGAUACAUUCAGCUAUGGUUCCCAUGUGAUGCAAUAUGGCUCAUUGGAGUUGAAUGUUCAGAAAUUGUUUUCGUACAUUGGCACAAACCCUGCUAACGAUGGCAACACGUUUGUAGAAGAUAACUCAUUGCCAUCAUUUUCAAAAGCUGUUAAUCAGCGUGAUGCUGAUCUUGUCUACUUCUGGCAGAAGUACCGGAAAUUGGCUGAUGGCGCAUCUGAGAAAAAUGAAGCUCGGAAGGAAUUGCUUGAAGUGAUGGCCCACCGGUCUCAUGUUGACAGCAGUGUUGAGCUCAUUGGAAGCCUUCUCUUUGGCUCUGAGGACGGUCCAAGGGUUCUGAAAGCCGUCCGUGCAGCUGGUGAACCUCUGGUUGAUGAUUGGAGUUGUCUCAAGUCCAUGGUUCGUACUUUUGAGGCACAAUGUGGGUCGUUGGCACAGUAUGGGAUGAAGCACAUGCGAUCCUUCGCAAACAUCUGCAACGCUGGCAUCCUUCCUGAAGCAGUGUCGAAGGUCGCCGCUCAGGCUUGCACCAGCAUUCCUUCCAACCCCUGGAGCUCUAUCCACAAGGGUUUUAGCGCCUAA